AUGCGAUUGGCUGGACCAAUUCCAGAUAAAUAUACCUCUGCGGAAGAAGUCCAAAACGCACUGCGACAAGUUGGAUUGCAGUCGUCAGAUUUAAUUAUUGCGGUGGAUUUUACCGAAUCCAAUCUGUUAAAAGGAAAAGAGACAUUUGAAGGACGAUCACUUCAUUAUAUUGAUAAAACAGGUCGUAUUACAAACCCUUAUCAGACGGUGAUUUCAGCAAUUGCUCGUGUAUUUGAGUUAUUUGACGACGAUGAUUCAAUUCCGGCUUUUGGUUAUGGUGGAUACCCAGAGCGGCCAAUUGCAGAACGAUAUUUUUCAUUUGUUGAAGGUCAAGGUUGUGAACUCGAUGAGGUCCUGCAACGAUAUUUCGCAAUUGCUUCCACUAUGGAAUUGAACUCUUCGGCUAGUUUUGUGCCGGUGAUAUAUGAAGCAAUUAAGAUGGCAAAAACGAGCUGCCGGUAUCAUAUUUUGAUAAUCAUUUCUGAUGGCCACGUUGAUGACCCUGGAAUGGCGAGAAGAGCCAUCGUCGAGGCUUCUGAAUAUCCGCUUUCAAUAGUCAUGAUCGGUGUUGGCGAUGGUCCUUGGACUUUGAUGAACGAGUUUGACGACGGGUUGUCCGAGCGUCGUUUCGACAACUUUCAGUUUGUGAAUUACAACACCAUUCCAAAAGGUGUUUUAGACAACCCAGAUGGAGGAUUUGCCAUGCAAGCACUUAUGGAGAUUCCAGACCAAUACAACCAAAUCCGAAAGCUUGGAUUAAUGAGGAAAUAA